AGGACGAGCCAAUUCUACCUCCUCUCAAAAAGGAGCAACUGAAGAAUAGCUGGGAUGAGGAAGAUGUGGAUGAAAAUGAUGUGAAGGAUUCUUGGGAGGAUGAAGAAGAAACUGUUCUGGCACCUGCACCUGUACCUGUACCUGUACCUGCACCUCCUGCAGAAAACGUUCCCAAGAAGAAAAGUGCAAAAGUAAAUGUACAGAAAGGAAAAACUGUUGUAGUGAAGGAAGUGCCGCUGGAUCCUCUGGUAGAAAAACUUUGCCAAGAAAGGCUUGUGGAAGAAGCUGAUUUUAAGUCCACCAGAGACUUGUUCAAUAGAAGAGGUGAUGAGAAGACCCUUGAUGAUUUCAUUCCCAAAUCCGAAAGUGAUUUCUUAGAAUAUGCUGAACUCAUUUCUCAUAAGCUUCAACCAUACGAGAAAAGUUUUCAUUAUAUUGGACUGCUCAAGGCUGUAAUGAGACUGUCAAUGACUUCUUUGAAAGCGGCAGAUGCAAAGGAGGUUGCCUCAUCUAUUACUGCAAUUGCAAAUGAAAAGCUAAAAGCAGAGAAGGAAGCCAAUGCUGGCAAAAAGAAGUCAGGUGCAAAGAAGAAACAGCUACAUGUUGACAAGCCGGAUGAUGAUGUUGUUGUCACCGCCUAUGAUGGUUAUGAUGACUAUGACUUUAUGUGAAAUUUUCAGUGAAUAGUUACCAUUGCCUCUGGAUUUAUCCCAAAGAAAUUAGGAUCAGGCAAUUAAAAUGUUCAAAUACAGCUGAUGAUCCUACGGUGUUUUCUGCUCCAUAUUAUUGAGAUCUGAGUGAUAAAAUUGCAGUUCAUUGAAUAAAAGAUUUUUGAACCUUUUUGUUUUUUGUAUUUUGUGAUGGUAGUGAAUUGCUGGUUGAAAAUACUGCCCCCAUGUUUGUUAAUCUGUACUGUCUUCCAUGCAGUGUGUGUUUCGAUGGAAUAUCUCAAGUUGUGAGUUUCUUGUCGCUUUCAACUGAGUUUCUACUUUCUUGUACCUUUCUUUCUGCAUCUUUUUCUUUGCAAUAGCGUUGGUGGCUUGCACACAUGCACAGUUGCUGUAACUUUUUCUUAUGUAAGUUUCGAGUUAUUGGAAAAUUUAAGCAAAGAUGUUAAAAGGCAUACACAGUUGCAGUCUGUUGUUUUGCCGAAGUGUAUAGUGAUGGUGCCUUAAUGGCCCAAUUCUAAAAUGCCGAGCAGAGUUCUUCUGUUUUAUUUUAUUCUAUUUUAUUUAUUUAUUUUACACGGACCAUUGUCUUCAAGUAUGAAAGGGCGUAAUGUCUACACGCUUGAUCUGUGAUUCUAACUUAUGAUUUGCCCAGAAUACUUCUAGUUUCCAGAGAGACUGCUUCAAAUGAUGCAACAUGGGAGGGAAGACAAUUCAUGGUGUUCCUGUAACAAACAUCUAGCUUCAUAUGUGCAGUUAACUGAUCGAAAACUACUUUUUUUCUCUCUUUUCUUUUCUAUAAGCUUUGACUUGACAGAACAUCAUCGGCAGCCACCACCCUCCUUGUAUUCUUCCUCAGCUCAAGCUCUUUACUGUGCUGGUGAUGAAGCUGGUCACAUGACUCUGGUUCUUUCGUCACUCUGUGACUUGGCAGGAACUGAGAUGGUGUGGUGCCUCCAAGAUUGAUUUUACAGAGGGAGAGCCAAAAGCACAUAGAUUGUUAAUUUGUAAGUAUUUGUGGGGAUGAAAAUGGUGGCCUUGCAGUCGUAAUUCAUGACUAGUUCAGUUGAUUCUGUGUAGAUUUAAUCGAGCAGCUUUUUGAAAUUUUUUUGGUUAUCUUCUUAGAAUUUUACCUGUCAACGUGAGGAAAGUAUUGGCAUAUGCAUGUAGUUAUUGAUUAGUGGAGUUGUAUA